AUAAAUAAAUAAAUAAAUAAAGGUGAAGAUCCGAAAUAGAUUCACAGAGUUGAGUGACAGUGAAAGUGUUGACCUGAACUUUCUAAUUGACAGGCUGAUUAACAGAGUUCAGUGCUACAAUGCAGCGUUUAAUGAUAUUAGCUCGCUCUCCGACAGCAGGUCGACGACUGCGCCCCCUGCUGUAUGCGGCAGUCACGGUCGCAGGAAUAUAUUAUUAUUUUAAGAAGUUUGGCGAUGGGGAGAGAACAGCGGAGUGUGCAGACACAACUCUCACCGAGGACCCAGUACAGACCCAGCUCUCUGCAGUAGAUGUUUCUUUGCUGGAUCCAGGCUUGAUGUCUGAUGUGGAUGGAGUCAGUGUCACACAGAAUGACAGCGAUGUCCCUCAGGAGUCUCUGAGUGAGGCUGAGGAGAAGAAUCAGAAGGUGGAGGUGUCCAGUGCUCCGGUAGACAGCAAGAGGUCCAACCUGGAGGACAGAUUGAGGGAGCUGGAGGAACUGCUCUGUGAGGCACACAGAGAGUGUGAGAGAAAAAACAAGGAGUGUAAGAGGGAACAGGAGGCUUACAGUGUCCUGACGUCACAGUGUAAUAAUAUGAAGGAUCAUGAGCGAAUGAGGGAGGCUUACAACAUCCUAAAGUCACAGUAUGAAGAGGAGUUAAAAUGGCAUGAUGAGUCUCUAAUGGAGUGUAAGCGGGAAGAGGAGGCUCACAGUGUCCUGAUGUCGCAGUGUAAUAAUAUGAAGGAGUGUGAGGGACAGCAGGAAGCCCACAGUGUCCUGAAGUCACAACAUGAGAUGAUUUUAACACACACCAAAGAGUCACUAAAGGUUUCUCUGGCUGUAGCUGAGAGGAAAUGUGAGCAGGUGUUUGAGUUCAACGCUCAGCUGGAGAAAGAGAAGUCGGAACUGAUGUACCGUGUACACAAACUGGGACGCAAAGUGGGGAAACUGGAGGAAAUGCUAUAUGAUGCAGACAUGACUUGUGGUGCAAUAAAGCAGGAUCAUGAGCGAAUGAAGGAGGCUUACAACAUCCUAAAGUCACAGUACGAAGAGGAGUUAAAAUGGCAUGAUGAGUCUCUAAUGGAGCGUGAGCGAGAGAGGAACGCUCACAAUAUCCUGAGGUCAGAGUGUAAUCAAAUGAAGGUCUCUCUGGCUGAAGCUGUGGAGAAAUACAAGCAGGCGAUGGAGUGUAAUGCUCAGCUAGAGAAUAAGAACUCUGACCUGAUGUACCAGGUGAACACGCUGCAAGGCUCAGUGCAGCAGCUCAAGGUCGAGCUCUCUCAGACAUACAGGAAGUGUGACAUGAUAACAGUGGAGUCUCUGAGUGAGGCUGAGGAGAAGAAUCAGAAGGUGGAGGUGUCCAGUGCUCCGGUAGACAGCAAGAGGUCCAACCUGGAGGACAGAUUGAGGGAGCUGGAGGAACUGCUCUGUGAGGCACACAGAGAGUGCGAGAGAAAAAACAAGGAGUGUAAGCGGGAAGAGGAGGCUCACAGUGUCCUGACGUCGCAGUGUAAUAAUAUGAAGGAGUGUGAGGGACAGCAGGAAGCCCACAGUGUCCUGAAGUCACAACAUGAGAUGAUUUUAACACACACCAAAGAGUCACUAAAGGUUUCUCUGGCUGUAGCUGAGAGGAAAUGUGAGCAGGUGUUUGAGUUCAACGCUCAGCUGGAGAAAGAGAAGUCGGAACUGAUGUACCGUGUACACAAACUGGGACGCAAAGUGGGGAAACUGGAGGAAAUGCUAUAUGAUGCAGACAUGACUUGUGGUGCAAUAAAGCAGGAUCAUGAGCGAAUGAAGGAGGCUUACAACAUCCUAAAGUCACAGUACGAAGAGGAGUUAAAAUGGCAUGAUGAGUCUCUAAUGGAGCGUGAGCGAGAGAGGAACGCUCACAAUAUCCUGAGGUCAGAGUGUAAUCAAAUGAAGGUCUCUCUGGCUGAAGCUGUGGAGAAAUACAAGCAGGCGAUGGAGUGUAAUGCUCAGCUAGAGAAUAAGAACUCUGACCUGAUGUACCAGGUGAACACGCUGCAAGGCUCAGUGCAGCAGCUCAAGGUCGAGCUCUCUCAGACAUACAGGAAGUGUGACAUGAUAACAGUGGAGUGUGAACAAGAGCAGGAGAUUUACCGUAUGCUGCUGUCACAGAAUGAUGAGUUGAAGAAGUUGUUAAAUCAUAAUGAGGAGUUACAAAAGGUCACUCUGGCUGAAGCAGAGAAGAAAUAUGAGCAGUCAAUGGAAUCUAUUGCUCAGCUAGAGAAAGAAAAAUCAUUCCUGAUGAACCAACUACACACAAUGGGAGGCUCAGUGCAGCUGCUGGAGCAAACAUAGUACGAAAAAGCAGAGAACCAUCACACAGCUGUUGGAUUGGAGGAGCCUGCAUGUCUGUGAACCCAAAUAACUUCCAGGGCACGAGGCAGUUCCCCAACAUCAGCUGAAUAACAUGAAACCUUAUACAGUGGGGGAAAUAAGUAUUGAACGCGCCACCAUUUUUGGACACCUUCCUCUCUUCUUAACUGGACUGUAAACCCAAACUACCUCCCAAACAGUGAAGUGGCAUCCUCGAGCAUGCAGGUCAUAAGCCCUUUUCUGUCUCAACUAUGUCUGCAAAAUCAAUUAGUUGGAUGAUUAUUUUUUGUCCCCCAAUUAAUCGGAUGGGGCAGGGCAAAAUUUCAGUACACUUUUUUGUUUGUUUGUUUAAAAUAAAAUCCACAAACCAAGUGUUACAAAUAUAAAUGU